AUGGGGUUCACUACUUCCUUCAUUCGAGUGUUUCGUAUUUUUUUCAAAGAAUUCUGUAGCAAUACCAAUAUCCAUGGUUUUCAUUACUUCACUGAUAAAUUGCUACACAAAAGUGAAAGAUGGUGGUGGAUAAUUGGUUUUGGUUUAUCACUCGGUUUGUGUGGUACUAUGAUUCGCGCCGUUUGGUUGGACUGGAAUGAGAAUCCAAUGACCUUGAAUUUUGAUGAAGUGGCACCUAUUUCGGCCAUCCCAUUUCCAACCGUAAUAAUUUGUAACAGGGUGAAAACAUUAAAGCAUAAAUUGGAUGUAUCAUCUAAGUUCAAAAUAGGAAAUAAUAAUAUAAAGUUAUCUGGCAAACUAUCUGAUAUUGAGGCAUCGCAAUUUGAUGCGUUAGGACACAUUUGUCCAGCUUUGAAUUUAUUUCCUAAAUACCGAAAUGAUUUCACAAACGAAUCCAUCUACGAUGUACUUGAGAACCUCGCUCCCAAUCUUGAUAAUUCAUUGUCUGGAUGCCAAUGGCAAUCAAGUGACAUCAGGUGCUCUGACCAUUUUAUUCCAAUGAUGACUACGGAAGGUCAAUGUUUUGCAUUUAAUGCUUUGAGCUCGAAUGAAAUGUAUACAGAUGGAAUGGUGUCAAGAAAGAAGAUGACCACGAAGAACAGUCCAAUGACAUCUGGCUGGAGUUUUGAAAGUGGCUAUACUGAUGGAUUUGAAGGCAACGUUUAUCCCAAUCGUAUGAUUGGCGCGGGUCAAAAUUAUGCUAUGGAUUUUGUUGUUUCGCAAAACACGAAUGAUUAUGAUUAUAUUUGUACAGGAGUUAUGAAAGGAUUCAUAUUGGAUAUAAAAGUUCCAGGUGAAAGAACAUCCGAAUUUCAUGCUAGGUUUUUCAUUUCAAUGUCACAAGAUAUUCAGAUAACGAUUAAACCUAAACUAAAAGAUAUUUCGAAAGGCAUGAGCUUUUAUAAAUCAAAUCAGCGUCAAUGUUUUUUCAAUUCUGAGCGAAAAUUGCGAUACUUCAAAAUCUAUACGAAAAACAAUUGCGCAGAAGAGUGUUUGGUAAAUUUCACUAAAAAUGAAUGCGGAUGUGUAAAAUUUUCUAUGCCAAGAGACAACAAUACAAAAAUCUGUGGUGCAGCGCGUAUCGAAUGCUAUAUAUACGCUCAGAAAAAAUAUGUAUCCCAUUAUGGAAAAUUGUUUCGUGACGAAUGUAAUUGUAUGGAAUCAUGUAUUGAUAUUCAGUACGAUAUAAAAACUGAAAAAAAAUUUUUAUUUAUGACGAACAAGAGUAACAAUAUUGGAUUCGAAGCGAGUGAAAUAGGUCAACUAUCCACACGAGUCUCCAUUUUCUUCCAAGAUCCCGAAGUCAAAAUAGAAAAACGGGUGGAAAGGUACACGAUUACUGAUUUUCUAGCAAUUUGCGGUGGUUUGCUUGGAUUAUUUUUUGGCAUUUCCUUUUUGAGCAUCGUCGAAAUCGUCUAUUAUGCCACAAUUCGCUUGUUUUGGACCAUUUAUCGUCCAAGACCACCAAAAAUACAGCCACAGGAGGAUUAUGAACCAUUUGGCCAAAAGUUAUACUACAAAUAUCGAGUGACGAGAUGGAUGUACACUUUGUGGCAGGUGUUGCGGAUAUUUUUUAAAGAAUUCUGCAAAAACAGUAACAUCCAUGGCCUUCGAUAUGUGACCGAAAAAAAGCUACACAUUAUUGAGAGAUUGGUAUGGUUGAUCUCCAUUGGUGUUGCUCUCUGGUAUAGCAGCUCUAUGAUUCAGAAGACCUAUAUCGAGUGGCAAGAGAACCCAGUGAAAAUAAGCACAACAGACACACGAUCACUGAUUGAGAUGAUCCCAUUUCCAAAAGUAACAAUCUGUCUAGACAUUAAAGCGCAGAAACAUAAAUUGAAUAUAGCAUCAGCACUUGAGUCGCUUAAAUCUAAAUCCAAUUUAUCUGACAUGAACGCCAUCCGUGUCAAUGCUUUGGCUCAAGUGUGCCCAUAUCUACCAGGUCAAAUUGAGCUUGACGACGAUUUUGCAAAUGAAUCUAUGUACAAUACCAUUCGAGAUAUUGCACCCAAUUUUGAUAUAGUUCUAUGUCUAUGGCGUUCAAAAGAUUGCAUCAAGAAUUUUAAACCCAUUUUCACAGAGAAAGGUCUUUGUUUUACAUUCAAUGCCUUGAAUUCGCAUGAAAUAUACACAGACGGAAUGAUAAUGAACAUGAGGACGGUUGAAAAUAAUCUGAAUGUAUCCUCACACUGGAGUCUACAAAAUGGAUAUUCAAAUCCAUUCAACGAUGGAAAUUAUCCAUUCCAGGCUUUUUCGUCAGGAGAAAAAGCUUCCCUGGGCCUUGUACUUUUGACCUCUAAAAAUAAUCUGGAGCCCCAAUGUAGUGGCAUCGAGCAAGGCUUUAAAAUAUUUUUAUCCACGCCUGGCGAAACAUUGCAAACGUCACAUAGGUACUUUCAAAUACCGUUUUUACAUACUCACGUGUUCAAGAUUGAUCCUGUAUUAACAACAACCACCGAAAAAUUGCGUCGCUUCAAACCACAUCAACGAGAAUGUUUUUAUGGCGAUGAGCGACAGUUGCAUUUCUUCAAAAUGUACACGCAAAUCAACUGUAAAGAAGAAUGUUUGGCGAACUUCACAAAGCAAGAGUGCGGAUGCGUGAAAUUUUCGCAGCCAAGAGACAAGAGUACUCGAAUCUGUGGAGGAGCGAAGAUAGAGUGUAUGAAGGAAGCAAAACGGAAAAUUCAAACCACAAAUAUAGGUAAAACAUUUGAAGAUGAAUGUAAUUGCAUACCAGCAUGUACGUUCAUCAAGUACAACGCAAACUGUGAUCGGAUUGCGCUGAACCCGGAUUCGUUAAAUCUUGGGAGUAUAUCGAAAGAUGAAUAUAUUACAAUGAUUGGUUUAAACAUCAACGUGAUAAACACAGUCAAAAGGAAUGAGCUGUACACUUACGGUGAUUUCUUAGCAGUUUGUGGUGGUUUGCUUGGACUUUUCACUGGUUUUUCUGUAUUGAGCUUCAUCGAAAUAAUUUAUUUUGCCACUUUGCAUUUAUUCUGGAAGCUUCGCUUUUUGAAAGCGAAGAAUGCGGCAGCACCAAAUCAUCACAAUGCUACCAAUAUGGCACCUCGACAAGUGACUAAUGCGUGGAUAUAAUAGCAUGGUUCAUAGACUUAAAUCUUUAUUCUAUUACUAUCACUUCGUUUAGAUUUUGAUUAGUUUUCUUCAAGAUUUUUUUUGAAAUUCCAAGCAUCAGCUGCAUUUGUGUUACAUUUGGCAAUAUCUUAACUAAUAUCAAUAACUAUAUCCCCGUGCUGAGUCCACUGUGGACUAAGUCACUAUUGACUGUAAGUGACUAUAGUUAGCUAAAUUCAUGAAUUUUAUCGAUUUGAAUUUGAAUCGACUAUAGUUACUCAGUCAGUCAGGCGAUUAUUUUGGGACGUUUUUACUAUCACCCGAUAGUAACUAUGAUUAUUGUCAACUAUAGUUGGCUGUUGCAAUUGACCAUAGCUUACUUUGAUUGAUUGAAGUUAACAAACGGUUAGUUAAAAACUAAUAUUGCUUGUUUUUACAGUCAAAAGUCAGUCACUUUGUCCCAAAAUCUUCAGUCAUUUUUUUUCA